AUGGCUAUACCUAGGGCGAGUCAAAUUCAGCGUGAAUUUGCGAACCUUGCAAACAUGUGCAGCAUCAGUGGGAUGGAGUCUCAGAUGGCCCAGCAGAUCAAGGAAAUUCUUCGCGCCAACCCUGGUCCACCCACGCAGUGGGGAACGAGGGACGAUGAUACCAACACCCAUUGUCUUGCGUCUCACCACAUCGAGUCGGCCACUUUUCUUCCUGUUGGGCACCCAGUACGGCGUGCAGUGGCUGCAGCGUCGGUUGAAGGUUACCUUGGAAACGACACACAUAAGUUUGUGGGAGAAACUCGAGACUAUCCGGAGUUCGCAGCUGAUCUUCUCCAAGAGCUGAGGGGAACCCUAAAUGAAAUGAAAUUCGACAAACGCGGUGCAUUCUUCCAGGACCCCAUCAGCGGCCAGGAACUGAGGUUCGGCAGACUUUGCCGGAAAAGGAAAGCGCCAAUGGCAGAAGACCCCAGCACUUGA